AUGGCCACCUACAAAGUCAAGGUGGCCACAGGCAGCGACCUCUUGUCAGGGACAUUGGACUGCAUCUCACUGACCAUCGUGGGGACGCAGGGAGAGAGCCAUAAGCAGCUACUGAACCACUUUGGACGAGAUUUUGCAACAGGAGCAGUGGACGAGUACAGUGUGCGAUGCCAGCAGGACCUGGGGGAGAUUGUCCUCAUCCGCCUGCACAAGGAGCCCUCCUCCUUCUUCCCCAAGAACUCCUGGUACUGCAACUACGUGCAGAUCUGCGCCCCCAAUGGCCGCACCUACCACUUCCCCGCCUAUCAGUGGAUGGAUGGCUACGAGACCCUGGCACUCAGGGAGGCUACAGGAAAGACAACUGCGGACGACACGUUGCCCAUCCUCCUUGAGCACCGACGGGAGGAGAUCAGAGCCAAGCAGGACUUCUACCGCUGGAGGGUCUUCGUUCCCGGCCUGCCCAACUACGUGCACAUCCCCAGCUACCGCCCUCCCGUGCGCCGGCACCGCAACCCCAACCGGCCCGAGUGGAAUGGCUAUAUCCCGGGAUUUCCGAUUCUCAUCAACAUUAAGGCCACCAAGUUCCUGAACUCAAAUCUCCGGUACUCCUUCAUCAAGACGGCCUCCUUCUUCUUCCGCCUGGGGCCUAUGGCUCUGGCGUUCAAGCUCCGCGGCCUGGUGGACUGCAAAAGGUCGUGGAAGAGGCUGAAGGACAUUAAGAAAAUUUUCCCUGCCAACAAGUCUAUCGUCUCCGAGUACGUCGCAGACCACUGGGCAGAGGACAGCUUCUUUGGGUACCAGUACCUUAAUGGCAUCAACCCAAGUGUCAUCUGCCGCUGCAAGCGGAUCCCAGACAAGUUCCCUGUCACAGAUGACAUGGUAGCGCCGUUCCUGGCUGAAGGGACGUGCCUCCAAGCAGAGCUAGAGAAGGGGAACAUUUACCUGGCAGACUACCGCAUCUUGGAAGGCAUCCCCACCGUCGAGCUCAACGGUCAGAAGCAGCACCACUGUGCCCCCCUCUGCCUGCUCUACCUUGACCCUGAAGGAAACAUGAUGCCCAUCGCUAUCCAGCUCAGCCAGACCCCCGGGCCUGAUUGCCCCAUCUUCCUGCCCAGUGACUCUGAAUGGGACUGGCUGCUGGCCAAGACGUGGGUGCGCUAUGCUGAGUUCUACUGCCAUGAGGCCAUCGCCCACCUGCUGGAGACCCAUCUCAUGGCCGAAGCCUUCUCCCUGGCCAUGCUGAGGCAGCUACCCAUGUGCCACCCCCUCUACAAGCUCCUGGUCCCCCAUACCCGAUACACUAUCCAGAUCAACAGCAUUGGGCGGGCCCUGCUCCUCAACGAGGGGGGGCUCUCUGCCAGGGGCACGUCUCUGGGCCUGGAAGGCUUUGCUGAGGUGAUGGUGCGGGCUCUGUCAGAGGUCACCUAUGAGAGUCUCUACCUCCCCAAUGACUUUGUGGAGCGUGGGGUCCAGGACCUGCCCGGAUAUUAUUACCGUGAUGACACCUUGGCUGUGUGGGACGCGCUGGAGCGGUAUGUGACAGAGAUCAUCACCUAUUAUUACCCGAGUGACGCUGCCGUGGAAGGUGACCCGGAAUUGCAGUGCUGGGUGCAGGAGAUAUUCAAGGAGUGCCUGCUAGGACGUGAGAGCUCAGGCUUUCCAACAUGCUUGCGAACAGUGCCUGAGCUGAUCCGGUAUGUCACCAUCGUCAUCUACACCUGCUCUGCCAAGCACGCAGCUGUCAACACAGGGCAGCUGGAGUUCACCUCCUGGAUGCCCAACUUCCCGUCAUCCAUGAGGAACCCACCCAUGCAGGUUAAGGGGCUGACCACUCAGGAGACCUACAUGGACACGUUGCCAGAUGUGAAGACCACGUGCAUCAUCCUGUUGGUGCUCUGGACGCUCUGUCGGGAGCCUGAUGACAAGCGGCCCCUGGGCCACUUCCCUGAUAUCCACUUCGUGGAGGAGGUCCCGCGCAGGAGCAUAGAGACGCUGCGCCAGCGCCUGGCUCAGAUCUCGCACAACAUCCGCCAGCGCAACGAGUGCCUCCCCAUCCCCUACUACUACCUGGACCCUGUGGUGAUCGAGAACAGCGUUUCUAUCUAGAAAGCCCUUUCCAGGCUCGCCUCUCCGGCCCUGGCCCGCCUAUUUUCAAAAUAAAAACAAAAAACAAAAC